AUGGUAACUUUUGAAUUAGCAGGUACUUCAUGUGGAAAGAAGUCACAAGCUGGCAGUCAAAUGGGUCCUGAAAAAUCACAAAAUCAUGUUCACAUGCCACCUGAACUUCUAGUCAGUAUUGAUGUGGGGAUAGAUGUUUUAAGGACUUUUUACUUGCUACCAUCUGUAAUGCACCGUGUGGAGUCCCUGAUGUUGGCCAGCCAGCUUAGAAAAGAGAUUGCAUGUCAUUCUGACAACUUAAACAUAUCAAGCUCAUUGAUUCUGGAAGCUCUCACAACGCUAAGAUGUAAUGAGAGUUUUUCCAUGGAGCGUUUAGAGUUGCUUGGAGAUUCAGUUUUAAAGUAUGCUGUCAGCUGCCACCUAUUUCUUAAAUAUCCCAAGAAACAUGAAGGACAAUUAUCUGCUCGGCGCUCGUGGGCUGUUUGUAAUUCAACACUACACAAACUAGGAACUGAUAACAAGUUGCAGGUAUCAUAUAUUGAUUAUGGGAAAAUUCCCUGA